ACAUGUUUUGCUUUCUUUCAUAAUAUCCGGUGUUUGGUUGGUGGGUACCAAUGGCAUGUGAUUGGAAAAUGUAGCACAUUAUUAUUAUUUAAAGGGUUAGCAUAAGUUUUGAUUUGCAAGAUCAGAAAGAGAAAAUUUAAGAAAUGGAGAGAAAGAAUAGGAUUGUAGUGUUUGGAGGAAUUGGUUACAUAGGGAAGCAUUUGGUGAAGGCAAGUCUCUCUUUAGGUCAUCCAACUUUCGUCUACACUCGUCCUCUCACUUCACAAACUCCUCCUUCCAAGAUACAACUUUGCAAGGACUUCACCUCCAUGGGAGUCACUCUUUUUCAGGGAGAACUUGAGCAUGAGCAGAUUUUGGCUGUGGUUAAAGAAGUAGACAUUGUGAUAUGUGCACUUCCAUUCCCUCAAGCUAUGGAGCAACUCAAAAUCAUAGAAGCUAUCAAAGUUGCUGGUAAUAUAAAGAGAUUCAUUCCAACAGGUUUUGGUUCAGAAGAAGAGAAAAUAAAAGCUCUUCCUCCAUUCCAAGCUGUUCUUGAUGAGAAAAGAAAAAUCAGAGAGAAAAUUGAAGCUGCUGGAAUCCCUUAUACUUCUAUCAAUGCAAACUGUUUUGCUGCAUAUUUUAUAAACUAUUUGCUUCGUCCACAUCAGAAACUCAAAGAUAUUGUUGUUUAUGGAACUGGUGAAGCCAAAGUUGUACUAAAUUAUGAAGAAGACGUGGCUAUGUACAUCGUUAAAGCAGCAAAUGAUCCAAGAACAUGCAAUCGUGUGGUUUCUUGUCGACCUUUGAAGAACAUCAUAACACAGAAUAAGUUGAUAUCAUUGUGGCAUCAAAAGUCUGGUCAAACUUUUACCAACACUUUCGUUUCCGAGGAACAAAUUGUCAAACUCUCACAAACCUUGCCUUUUCCCGAGAAUAUUCCAGUUUCCAUCAUUCAUAGUGUAUUUGUGAGAGGGGACCUUACGAGCUUCGACAUCGGAGAAGAUGAUCUUGAAGCUUCAUUGCUAUAUCCUGAUUAUAAUUAUACCUCCAUUGAUGAAGUUCUUGAUAUAUUUCUUGUUCAUCCUCCACUUCCUGCCUCUACUUCUUUUGGAUGAACUUAUUUAAAGUUCCACAUAAACUACACAAAUCAAUCUUUAAGAAUAAGAUUUUAGGUUACAAUGGCAUUGACAUGUAUUAUGUAUCGAUAUUUGAUCGA